AUAUAUACCAUUCUAAUAGACAUAUUCAUCUCUCGGUCUCCCUAUCUCCUUCCUAUUCGGGUAAUUAUUAUACACUUAACUUAAUUUAACACAAGCAAUCUCAAUCCCUUGGCGUAGAUUCCAAGCUCAAUCCGUACUUUUAGGGUGACUAAUCAUACAAUCCUAAUCUAGGACCUCAGAUUGUAUCCGAUUGUAGAUGGUCAUGUCUGUGGGUGGGCUUGGCUGCGAUACGUUUGCCCUGGAAGACAACCAAGGAGCAGAUACCUUUCAAUCCGGCUCCAUGACUUUCGGAAUGAAGAACACGUUAGACGUCCCUCAGAGCUUCUCUGUGCCGGAUGGUGGUCGCUGCGGCCCUGGUACUGGAGCCAAAUGUAGUCCGGGCUUCUGCUGCUCCAGCGAGGGCUGGUGGUGUGUACGACGCCGUUUUUAAUGCUCUAGAGAACUAACUCAAGUUCUAGUGGCGACACUCCCGAGCACUGUGGCUAUGGUAGAUGCAAUCCUCCAUAUAGCGGCUCCGACAGCUGCCAAGGUCCUGACCUCUGGAAAUCCUGGAAAGCCGCGCUCGCGGAUCCUAUAGACGACAGUCAU